AUGGCGACCAACGCGCCGUUCAUUCAGGAGACCCCUCGCGAACCGCUUACGACGACCGACAUGGAAGGUGGACCCGCCCAACACGAUCAGUAUGCUGCAUCCGCCCUACCGAACCCAGUACCCAACAAGGAGGCCUAUUCAGAUCCCACCACCACCAACACCGAGUCGGCUAUGACCAAAAGACGAAGGCGUCAUUAUCGUUGUCUUUGUAUCAUCUUUGCUGCGAUCGUGGUCCUCAUUCUCGUCAUCGCCAUUCCUGCUGGUGUAGUGUCCAAGAAGAAAAACCAAGGACAUCAGAGUCAAGACAACGCCGCCUCGACGGGAACGCAAACCAAGACCGCAAGUGGGAGUAAGCCGACUACCGCUGUCGACAUCACUGGCGGUGACGGUUCGACAAUCAAGGCCGAAGAUGGCACUACCUUCACGUACAACAACAAAUUUGGUGGCACCUGGGUUUCGGAUCGCGAUGCGCCAUUCAACAACAACGCUCAGGCAAACUCGUGGACUCCCCCGCUCAAUCAAACUUGGACUUUCGGGAAGGACCGCAUCCGUGGCGUUAAUUUAGGUGGUUGGUUUGUACUGGAACCUUUCAUCUCUCCGGCUCUUUAUCAGAAAUACCCUGGCGCGGUUGAUGAAUGGAGUUUAAGCACGCUCAUGGCGGCUGACACCGCUAAUGGAGGACUCGACCAGAUCGAGCACCAUUACGCGACUUUCAUGACGGAGGCAGAUAUCGCUGAAAUCGCUGGUGCAGGUCUAAACUGGGUCAGGGUCCCUAUUGCGUUCUGGGCUAUCGAAACUUGGCCAGGUGAACCGUUCCUCGCCCAAAAGAGCUGGAAAUACAUCGUCCGCCUCUUUGGCUGGUGUAGGAAGUAUGGAAUUCGUGUGUAUCUCGAUUUGCAUACCAUCCCUGGAUCACAAAACGGCUUCAACCACUCCGGGAGGAAGGGUCAGAUCAAUUUCCUUCACGGUGUGAUGGGUAUGGCAAAUGCUCAGCGGACGUUGAACUAUAUUCGAGUCAUCACGCAGUUCAUCUCUCAGCCGGAAUGGCGGAACGUCGUCGUCAUGUUCGGCGUCAUGAACGAGGCUAUUCCACGAACCAUCGGGGAAAAUGAAAUGCGAUCCUUUUAUAUCGAGGUUCAUAGAGUAAUACGAUCGGUCAGUGGUUACGGCGCUGGGAAUGGGCCGUACAUGGCCUUCCACGACGGCUUUUUGUCACUCGCUCCCUGGCCAGACUUUAUGCGUGGCGCGGAUCGGGUGGUCCUAGACAGUCAUCCUUACUUCGCAUUCAAUGGUGGACCCGCGCUGGAUCCCAUUGCUACUGGUACUGGUGCUGACGCAGGUGGGAUGUGGCCUCGCGCGGCGUGUGAGCGCUGGGCGACCGAUUUCAGCAACAGCCGCAGGAACUAUGGCAUUACCAUCGCUGGUGAAUGGAGCAACGGAUUCAAUGACUGUGGUCUGUUCCUGAAUGGCGUCGCUGAGAAGGACACUGUUACAUAUGGCGGCAACUGCGAAGACUGGAUGGAUGCUUCCAAAUGGGACGCGGCGACCAAGGCUGGCAUCAUGCAUUUCGCGCAGGCCAGUAUGGAUGCGCUUGGGGAUAAUUUUUUCUGGACGUGGAAGAUCGGAAAGUCUGAGCGAGGCAUUAGCGAAUCUCCCUUGUGGUCUUACCAGCAGGGACUUCGUGAAGGUUUCAUGCCAACCGACCCACGAACGGCAGACGGAACAUGUGCAGCUCUCGGUGUCGUGCCUCAGCAGCCUUUCGACGGCAAUUACCAGCCAUGGAUGGUCGGAGCUGUCGGAGCUGGUGCGCCGCAAGAUGCUCCCAGGUAUACGUGGCCUAUCGCGAAGGUUGCCGAUGGAGGCCCGAGUGCCGACUUGCCACAAUACGCCAUGACUGGUCCAAUUGUCAAGCUGAGCGCGCCUACGUUUACUGGAUCUGACGGGAAGGCGAUUCCUUCUGGCGAUGGGUGGUUCAACGAGGACGACAAGAUGGGCUCGCCUGCCCCGAUUCCUGGUUGUAAUUAUCCGGAUGCCUGGGACGCGGAAGGUGCAGAAAUCCCUGCGGGUUGUACUCUCAAUAUUGGCAAUGCUGGUGCUGGUCCCGCCAAUGAUCCCGCGGCCGCUCCUCCCGCUUAGCGGUUCUCAUCUUGACAACUAGACGUUGCAGCUGAAUACCCCCUACGUUAUGAUACACCUACCCACAUUUCUACUUUACCCACUCUCGUUUUAUAACUUGCCACUCUUACUAUACGAUCCACUAGUCGGUACGAUAUUCUAUUUUCCUAUUCUCCUCUAGAAGACUUUAUCAUCCUAACGUAAUACAUACGUAAUGACGACCAAAUGACGACCUCG